GUCGCACUAUAUCUCUCAGUCGUGCGCUUUCUGGCCUCUCAGAGAGCACCCAAGUCUAGGGAUUUCUGGGUGAGACUUUUAGCGAUUCAUUGAUACAACUUCUCAAUUCUCUCUGUCCCCUUCAGCUACGCUGCCGGAGUGAUCUUCGAAAUUCACCUGCUAGGCCUCCACGCUGAGAGAUAAAAAUAAAACCUACAACUUUGAGCAGCAAUCAGUGCUCCAAUAUACGCAAAUUUCUACUCUAAUCAGCAACAACACGAGCAUCAAUUAUGAGGUAUCAGCACAAUAGGAUGACUGUGACUUUUCGUGACACUUCGGAGGAGAACGAUCAGCGAUCGCCGGUCCAGUCGCAAGAAGCCAUGACUGCCCUCGUGCCAUCAGGAUCCGCCUUGGCACUCAACAAUCCGCACCAGGAGCUUUCGCUCUCCCGCCGGCCGUCGGUGCUGCUACAGGAGAUCCUCUCCACCAGACGACCGUCGGCAAUCAUGGCCGCCCUCACGCGACCGCAGCGACAGCGCCUGAACCAGAUGGACGCCCUGCACGAGAAUCCCGACAUGCGGAGCGGCAGCCUGCGCACCCUCAACGGCUUCCUGCCCACACAUCACGCCUCCGGCGGUGCCCACUCGGAGCAGGCCCAGGAGUAUAAGAGGAAGAACCGCCGGAUCGGAGAUGACGCUCUGAGCACAGCUCUCUCGGCUCUCUAUUGCAAACUACUUGUGGUGAUGGGCAUCGCGAUGCCAGUGACAGAAAUCCUGUCGUCCAGGAUUCCAGCCAAUUUCUACCAGGGAUUCUACGUCUAUCUCUACGCCGUCAGCAUUGCCUUCGUGAUCUUCAUCUACGCGACUCACCUGCGAACGAGAGCCGUGUUUUCUCUCCUGAAAGACUACCAUGAGAAAGCCAACAAUACGCAGCACAUCAAGAAGCGCGCCGCACACUUUGGGAGCUUCUACUUGCGCGUCGGCGCCAUUGCGUUCGCCAUUGGCACGAUGGUGUAUUCUGGCCUGGAGUUUGGCCAGUACUUCGAGCUGAACGGGAAUCCUGGAUGCUCCAACAUCUACAUGGCGCUGACGCCAGUAGCCAGAAUGCUGCUGUGCAUCAUCCAGAUGAAGUUCAUCUUCCUCAACACGACGGAGCUGGACAUGGCGAGGCACAAAGUCGUGGCCAGAUUCGGGCUCAUGCACAUGGUGGCCACGAAUCUCUGCGAGUGGCUCUACGUGCUCGUGGAGGAGACCAAGCAUGAGAUCUUCCACCUCUCCCACACUUCCCACGGAGGCUUGGGCAGUGCAGCAGCUGCCAUUCUGUCCACCACGGCCAAUCCUCUCGCCUCCACGGACGCAGAGAACGCCACCGCCUCUGUCAUGCACAACAUCACGAAGAGAUCAGUUGCCAGUGAAAAUCUGACAGAUGGAUGUCACAGGACAAAUAUCAUGGGCAGCCUGGUGCAGAACGCGUCGCCCUUCCUCUUCCCCUGCACCAUCGAGUACUCCCUCAUCUGUGCCGUGAUCCUGUACGAGAUGUGGAAACAGGUGAAGACCAUUCCCAACAUCGAGAAGACCAGGCGAAACUCCCAGAAGCCACACACGAAGAGCGCUCACCACUUCUCCGUGGACUGCGCGAGGGCGCAUCGCGGCAUGUUCGCCGGGAUCCUAGUCAUUGUCCUCACCAUCAUCUGUCUCAUCAUGUUCUUCGUGCUGCACGACGUUGAGGGAUAUGAAAUGCUAGCCAUCCAAGAGGUCACAAUCUGUGAGAUAUUGAUGUACGCCGUCACGACGAUGGCCGUCCUUGCGGCGAUGUAUAAAAUGAGGGACUUGCGAUACCAGCAGAAGAUAAAAGACAAUCAUCACGCCAGCACCGUGAGCCUGGAUUGCACUCUCCUCGUUCUGGCGCAGAGCGGAGUGUACGUAUAUGCCAUGUUCAGCAUCAUGGGCUGCUACUUCGCCAUGGAAACAGGUGUUCCGGGCAGUCAGGAAGGUUUCGUGGCGGAAAUCUGUUCGCUCCUGCAAACCUCCAUGCAGACGCUCUUCGUGCUGAAUGCCAGCUGGCGUCGCUGUCGCGGUGCGCAGCAGAAUCGCACGAAGCCUGGCAGAGAGAUUGUCACGUUCCUCCUGGUGGCCAACAUGUCCAUGUGGUUCAUCAACACGCUUAUAAAGGGACACGCGGGCUUCCGCCCAACUCACUUGCACUUCUUCGGCGUCUGGGCCUGGACAGUCAUCACGCACGUAUCCAUGCCUCUGGCCAUCUUCUAUCGCUUCCACUCCACGAUAUGCUUGUUCGAGAUUUGGAAGUCCGCGUACAAAGUCAAGAAUGACCAUUGAUAUGUUUUUCUAUCGUAAUAAAUUAAUUUAUUGACUACAAA